AUGGAGGUGUCAAACAGUGAUAUUGAUGCAGAGUACAAGUACACCCCUAUCAAGCUAAGAGCAGAGCGGCCUACAGGUCACCUCGCAUAUGACGGCUCUCCUCAACUCGACGGCAUCGUCAGUGAGAUAGCGGAGAAUGAUGAUGCCCAGCACAGACUCUUUCCGGGUCCGUUGCCAGACAGCUCGGCAGAGUGGGAAGCCGCCGUGGAGACGGUAGUCAAAAGUGUUGUGGCCCUCCAUUAUUGUCAGGCAUAUUCUUUUGACAGUGAGAGUGCCCAUAAUUCGGAGGCUACCGGCUUUGUGGUCGAUGCAACGCGCGGAUAUAUCUUGACCAACCGCCAUGUGGUCUCGGCCGGUCCAUUCUAUGGAUACUGUAUCUUCAGUAACCAUGAAGAGUGUGACGUCCGGCCCGUAUAUCGAGACCCAGUUCAUGAUUUUGGUAUCCUUCAAUUUGACCCGAAGGUCAUUCGCUAUAUGAAAGUCACGGAGCUCCAACUACGUCCGAACGAAGCUCAAGUAGGCACGGAAAUCCGACUGAUUGGGAACGAUGCCGGGGAGAAGUUAAGUAUUCAAUCGGGGGUGAUCAGUCUGUUGGACCGGAAUGCGCCGCAUUCCUUCGAUUUCAAUACAAAUUACAUCCAGGCGGCGACUUCGUCGAGUGGUGGUAGCUCUGGGAGUCCGGUGGUCAAUAUUCAAGGCCACGCGAUCGCUCUGCAAGCGGCUGGCCGAACUGACGCGGCCACCAACUUUUUCUUGCCUCUGGAUCGACCACUCCGGACGCUAGAAUGCAUUCGCCAAGGAAAACCGAUCACCAGAGGGACUCUACAAACGGUGUGGCGUCUAAGGCCCUUCGAUGAAUGUCGCCGCCUUGGGUUGACGCCCGAAUGGGAGGCCAAAGUCCGGAAAGCCGCCCCCACCGAAAACAACGUGCUAGUCGCUCAUAUUAUUAUUCCCGAAGGCCCAGGAGAUGGGAAAAUACAAGAGGGGGAUGUCUUAUUGAAGGUGAACAAUGAGCUUCUGACGCAAUUCAUCCGCCUGAGUGAAAUUCUCGACACGAACGUUGGUAGUGGUAAGCCCGUCCGGCUAUUAAUGCAGCGAGGAGGGCAAGACCUCGAGGUGGAAUGCGAAGUUGGUGACCUCCAUGAUAUUACUCCGGCUCGAUUCGUUCAGGUUGCUGGUGCCACUUUCCAGGACCUUUCGUACCAACUCGCCUGCCAGCAUGAGGUUCCGAUUCGUGGGGUAUACCUUAAUGAGCCUAGUGGCUCGUUCCAACUUUCAAGGUGUUGGAGCGUGAUUAUUGAUGCGAUUGAUCAUCGGCCAACUCCGAAUCUAGAUGAGUUUAUUGAGGUGAUGAAAACACUACCGGAUAGGGCUCGCAUAGUGAUCUCGUAUCGCGAAUUUCAUGAUCUACACACGAAGAAAACCAGCGUGAUUGACGUUGACCGCCACUGGCACCCAAAGAUGCGCUUGGCAGUCCGUAAUGAUGAGACUGGUCUCUGGGACUUUUCAGACCUCGCUGGAGCGAUCUCUGCUCGAGUUCCCAUUCCUUAUCAGGCCGAAUUAAGCUCUUUAGAUGACGUGUCGUCCAGCGUCGCUGAAAUUAUGCGCAGCAUUAUCAGUGUGAAAUGCACUCCACCUUUGCAGCUUGACAACUGCCCGAUGAAGACAAAGGCCGGCUUUGGCCUAGUGAUUAAUGCCGAAAACGGGUUAGCCGUCGUUUCAAGGACUAUUGUGCCCCAUGGACUCUGUGAUAUCAAUAUCACAGUCGCCGACUCAAUUAAUAUCAACGCCCAAGUUGUAUUCCUACAUCCGUCGCAGAACUAUACUAUCAUCCGGUACGAUCCCAGCCUUAUACAAGCCCCUCUACAAAGUGCUCGUUUUAGCAGUGAGCAUCUCAAGCUGGGACAGGAAACACUUUUCGUCGCUCUCGACGAAGCUUCCGAUAUCCUCGUGUCCAAGACUACCGUUACUGAGAUCAAGCCUACAUCAAUACCUGCCUUCAUACAUUCUCCCAAGUACCGAGCCAUUAAUCUAGAUGCAAUCAAUGUGGACACGCAGUUAGGUAGCAGAUCUGAAGGCGGUGUCUUAGUGAGCGAAGAUGGUAUGGUACAAGCUCUAUGGAUGGACUUUAACGGAGAUGACUUCAUCCGUUGUUUCGGAUUAGCGAUACCGUCUCUCCUUCGGAUCACUUCCAAUAUCGAAGACGGUACGGCUCUGAAUUUACGCAUUCUAAAUAUAGAAUGUGACGCCGUGCAAAUAGACCAAGCACGACUCAUGGGUGUUCCAGAAGAGUGGAUUCAGAAGGCUAGGCAGACCAGUUCUUUGCGUCAUCAGCUGUUUAUGAUCCGAAGGGUUGGAUGUCCGCUAGGAGACCAUAUCUCUAACGUGUCGACCGACGGCUUCCAGGAGGCUGAUAUAAUUCUCACUCUGGAUGAUCAGCCUAUAACUCGUGUUUCAGAACUAAAUAUGAUGGGCGAGAAGAAGUUCCUCGAUGCAUUGAUUGUACGCAAGCGUCAACUGAUGCAUGUUCGAGUUACAACCGUUCCGAUAGAAGAUCUGGAGACCAAUCGCGUGGUUUUCUUCUGUGGUGCCGUAUUACAGAAGCCUCAUAACGCUGUGCGGCAGCAGAUCUCUAAGCUUCACAGCGAGGUCUAUGUGAGCCAGAAUUGCGAAGGUUCCCCGUCCAGUCUAUAUGGGCUUCGGGGUGCGCUCUUCAUCACUACUGUCAAUGGCGUCUCAACCCCCACCCUUGAUGAAUUCGUGAAGGAGGUUAGCAAUAUACCCGACAACACCUACUUCCGGCUGCGAACUGUGGACUUGAUCGACAGGCCAGCGGUGGUUACCAUGAAGAAGAAUGAUCACUACUUUCCCAUGCAGGAGUACGUGAGAGACUCUUCGGUUUUGAACAGCUGGCGAAUCGUCUCUUAUGACAAUAUCAAGGAUAAGGUCGACAUCUCGUCAGAUGCAGUGACCGAGGACAUCCAUGCAGGCGGAUGGAAUAUGGUUAAUAUGGAGUAA